GUCACAAAAAUAAUAAAAAUAAAUAAAUGCACACACUAUUUAUACGUCCUGCAGAGGAUUAUGAUGUUGAUGUAUUUUUUUUUUAUUUGCUCUUAGAACCCUAGGGACAAACCAGCUAGCUUCCUGGUUCAGUAUAGUCUUCUUAAUAUCACCUUUACAAUACACUAUGCCAGUAUGAAUGUAAUGGUUUGGCAUUGCUGGCACGAUGCUACAGUUGGAACAGCUGGUUUGUGACAUCACAAUUUGAUAACUGCACCGGCAUCGCAGAGGCAUUAAUGAACACUGAAGAAAAGAGCAGGGUUCAGAUCCUUCUCUCUUAAUGGAUGCCACCUGGCUGCUUUUUGUAUUCCGAGAAUGUCUUACGGCUGGGGAGCGGGUUCAGGAAAAGGCAUCUGUUUCACACCACAGAAACAUUUAUGAUAUUUUAACAAAGGAUGAUAUUCAGGAGGUCAUAUAACGAGGCCGCCCAAUGGAUUGUAAAAGGACCCUCCAAGUAUGAUAGCUACAGAAUCUGGCUUGGCCCUGGGCACAUUAGCCUUUGCUUUCUUUGUACCGCUGUCGGUGGCUUCUCAUGAGGCAGUGACCAUUCCUGAAGCCCUGGUGACAGCUUCGGGAAGAGUUAUAGUCAGUUCCACAAGCUGCAGUGUCACCUGUGGGCUGGGUUACAAGGAAGAAGAGUCAUGUGAGAUUAGGCCUGAUGGGCAAAGGAGAGGCUGCAAACGACGGAAGGUGGACUGUUUGAACAGUUGGAUCUGUGGGAUGCGGCACUUCACCGCCCUGGUGGGCAGGCCAUUCGAGAUCAGCUGCCUAACCACUGCGGAGAUAGGUCCUGACACCCAGAGCUUCAGCUACACAUGGAGGCUGGCCCGAGGCAUCAUCACAACAGACGAUACUCUCUUUGCCCCUUUCAAGAAUCCUGGCUUUGUCAUUAAGCUUUACCCCGCUGAGGAAUAUGAUGCGGGGACGUACAGGUGUGAUGUGCAGUUCAUGAAAAACUACAAGGUUGUCAAGAGAAUCUACUUUGGACUUCGCGUGAUCCCUGGCGACAUGGUGGAUUUGAAUUUUGACAAAUCCUUAACGCUGGAACAGCAAUCAGAAAGUGAAAAUAACCAACAGAACGCCACCGGCAUGCCAGCCCAGGGUCGGUGGGGCUCUUGGCGCCAGAGGGCUGUGUUUGUGUUUCUGGUUGGCAUUGGAAGCGGCUUGGUGCUUGGGGCUGUGCUGCACAGCCUUCUCUACUGUGUCCUGUGCCCCAACCGCCAUGAAAACGAUGAACGUGAUGAGGAAUGAGAUGUGCUGUUUUGUAGACUUGCUAUAUUAGAUUGCUCCUGUACAUCACAAUUUCACUAUGUUAAUCUUAUCACUUCAGGCUUAUGAAGAUCAUUUGGUGACGUUAAUCAUAAACAUAGUUCCAUUUGAUUUAUUAGACAGUAAUAAAAUUCCAUCCUGUGCCUUAAUGGUAAAA